GGCAAUGGAAAACAACUAUCAGAAAGAAGCAGUGGUAAACCUUCGACAGAUAAAGGAAAUGGGCGGAAUUACACUGAAAGGUCAAACGGGAAAAACCAGGCAGAGAAAGGAAACGGGAGAAAUUCAUCCGAAAAAGCAAACGGGAGAAGUGCAAUGGAUAAACCAAAUGGACGAAGUGCACCUGACAGAGGUAGUAAACAUUCGCUUGAUAGAUCUUCUUCAGAAACCGAACAAGUGAGAACAAAACCACCUAUACCGAAAAAACCAGCAUGUCUGCUACAACACCAAACAUCUUUACCCACCACCGUUGUUCCACCAGUACCGGCACCCCGGCCCGGCCUACCUCCCAAAGACACACAGAAAAGCGCAGAAGGCAGCCGGGAAUCCCUAAUAGAUAGCCCAGUGUCGGAAGAUGGACCAUCUAGUUCCGGUGGUCAAUCGAGACUCCGAGGGGUCCUCAGGACUAUGGUCGGCAGCUGUGCGAUGGGCCAAGGUGCCAGGAGUGAUUCGGAAACCUCUGCGUCUGAUGUGGAUAUGGAAGAUGUCUCUAUGCACUAUUACCAAGGCGAUGGGAUGAGUACGGACGAUGUAAGUGAUGAUUAUUCGAUGAUGAGCAUCGGAAGUAGUGAUGACAGUGGUAGACUUCGCAGGAAACAUCGCCCGCGGUCUCUCAACAUCCCGCGUUCUCACAGCGCCACGUCAUCGGAUGACGAGACCACGGAUAGCACCAUAAGUACAGACACUGAAAACCGAUUAGCUCCUCUGGCCGUCAUGAACGAGGCAAGAGUCGCAUUAGCUGCUAGUGCAUUCGCAGAGGAAAUGGAAGACUUCAAAGGAGAGUCUUCUAUGGAUGAAGUUAUGGACAAAUAUGAUUCCGAUGUGCAAGACGAUUUAAAGUCGCAUAUGAGUCCAUCGCCCCCGAGAAGUCCGAGUUGGAGGGCAGGUUUAGAGAGUCCACCAUUUUCGCCAAAACGUAAGGAUUUGUAUCCUGGUAAAAAGCGCCCCUCGUCUCCGGUGUCUCCGAAAGACAGUCGCUUGCAAUUUACGUACGACGUGUCACCCCCAGUCCGCCAGCUAUCGGUUGAAGAGUUGUACGCUGAGGCACAUGCACUCGGCGAAGCAGGCUACGCUGUCAUGCCAUUAGUUCAAAAACCUUCUCCGAUAUCGCCAGAGGAACUUGUUGAUGAUAUGAUAACAACAAUGGGUGAACCUUUCCUUCUUAAAAUGCCCGAAAGUAAACCGUGUCAUAAUCUUCAUGAACUCGACACUAGUCAUAUAGAUCUCCCCGAUACUGCUGUAGCUAUUGACCUCGCUACAUACGCUGCUACAAUUGCGAGUAACACUGCUAAUCUCACACAAAUGACCGUGUCACCCACUAACCUACAAGUUUUACCCGUGCAUGAACAUGACCAGAUUUCACCAGAUUCGCAGGAUACUGAAAGCACUGAAAGCGCGUCGCCGAUUUCACCAAGUUAUUAUGAAAAUGGAUCCGAUGAUAUGGACGAGGUUGAACUAGCAGAUCCAUCUUCAAAAGCAAUAGAUUAUCAGGGUUCAAAGCGCCAAAAGGUGCGGCCUCCCUCAACCGACUGGUCUCCAGUGAUUGACUUGUCUCCUAUUUUAGACGUAUCGCCGUCAAUCGAAGAAGCAGAACGUGUCGACAUGUUCGAAAAGCAGGAGGAAGAACGACGGAGGAGAGAGUCACAGGAGGAAGAUGAGGACGAUGACGAAGAUUAUGAUAGUUAUUUUCAGCCUCUCGAAGAAGAUGACGAACAAAAUUCUUAUUAUGGUCUUAAGAGGUAUGAUAGGGUAGAAAAUAUAUGUCAACUUUUACAAAGCAAUGGCCCGAACGUUAGUGAUGGUCUUGCGAGUUCUUCGGAGGCAGCUUGCAUGGCGUUGGAUGAUAGUGGUUUGGUUAAUGACAUGGCAGGUCAUCCUUUUACAUGUACAACGCUAGCCUCAAAGUCGGUGACUAAGGACGUAAUAUUGAAAAGUCAACCAUGUAGUUCAGAAGUGCAAACAAUUACAUCUAAUAAUCAACCAAAAGUAAGUUUAAUUCAGAGUAGGGUUAAUUCGUUAGAACAACCCGAAAAGGGUGCUUCCUGUUCUGCUUCCUCUUUGUCAACUACAAAACAAAGUGAACCCAAAGAAAAACCUCCUAAGCCUGCUAUACGACCGCGGAGAAAGUUACCAGAACCUACCGCAGAAAUGAUAGCUGCACAUACGAAAAAGCACUCGAAAUCAUCAGGCAAAUACCACCAAAGUGCACAAUCGUCGGUUGGUGCUUCUUGCUCUUCUGGAUCAUUUGUGAAAAUGGUACCCCAUUCGGGUGAUGUUCCUCAACGACCGGAUGGUAGAAAUAGCGACACGAAUAAUAACAACAACAAUAAUAAUAAUAACAGCAAUAUGAAUAUGGUGCAAGAUUUGGCAAAGGGUGUGGAAUCGGAUGAUAAGAGGAAAAAGGCCAAAGACAUGAAAGCGAAACCAAAUCCACUAGUCAUACGACACAUCGAGUCGGAGGACCAGAGUAUGUCUCCCCAGUAUAAGGUCCUGGACUCACCUCCGAGUCCGGAGUCCCGCUCCUCACUGAAGAGGGACUAUUCUGACAGUACAUCUGUGUCUCCCUCCUCCUCCCCUGAUCGGGAGGUGUAUCCCUUCCCGUCACCUGUCACCCCUCCCGACUCUGACUCCUCCCCACCCAAGCCUCAUUCUCCCUCCUCACCGGGUACAGACUUUGAUGAGGAUAGCACUUACGAAAAACCCACUCCAUCUAAACGCUUGCCACACCUCAAUAAGACCUUUGAGGAGAAAUCUUUGGCCGAGACCAAGGUCAAGGACAAAAUCAAGAAAUUCGAGCAGGUGUCUCAAGAAUCAAAGAAGACGAGAAGAAAAUUACCUCCGAUUCCUACUGGUGACGAAUCUUCAAGCAGUUCUAAACAAAAGAGUCAAACUUCAUCUUCCCGAAAACAUCACACUCACGUUAGAUCUGAAAACCGCCGGAAGCGUACCGGGUAUGGUACACCUUCCUCUACAAGCGACGAAUCUAUGAAUGAGGAUGAUUUUGAGGUUGCGAUGUGGACAAAUCAUCACCAUAAAAGCCAUACGAGGAUGAAUGAUCUGGAUAAGCCAGCAUCAAUGGAUAAGCGAAAU